AUCCUCUUCUUCAUAUCCAACGGUGGGAUUGUUGUUUUGACCUCUAGAUGUCGGUAAAAUCGCCUCUGUUUACUGCUGCGUUUUUAUUGGGGUUUUCUCACUUUUGAGUGAAGAUUAUUGUUGUUUGGUGUUCCAAGUUAUUACUUGAUGAUUGUGUGUACCUCUAAUUGAUUUAGAGAGGAUUCUUGGUGUACCCACUGAUUUUCUUGGUGAUUAGUGGAAGGCUUCGUGGUUUUCUCCCCGAUUUGGGGUUUCCACGUUAAAUCUUGGUGUUCGUUUAUCGCUUGAUUGAUUGCUUGUUGUUGUGUUUGCUAUUCUUGAUUGGUCAUAUGAUUUUGCCUAUUUUGACAACACAAAGACGGGAGAAUUAUUAAUUGCUUCCGCUAGAAAAUUGAGGCGAUUUUCUUAACAUAAACAUCAACUCUCAAACAAUGCAACACUUAUAAUAUAACUUAAACAUUCAACACAAAAUUUGAAUUGAAAAUAAACAUAUUUAAAUACUGGACAAUCCAAUUCUUAACUUGAGAAAUUAAUAAUUGAGGUCCUAAUUAAAGGAAAGAAAAACAAAAACAAAUACGGAGUAAAAAGGUAUAAAUGGAUAAGUACUCCCCUGAGCUCUUCUACUUUGUCCGUUCGCCGCCGGACCUUCAGCCAUGGCCGCUACCGCCGGAUGCCGCGCUGGAGUUGUCAUCUCCGGACCUAGGGUCGAAACCCUAGGUCGGAUCUACGUCUGCUCCGUUCCUUCUCCCUGUUUCGUUUCCGUAUAUCCUCCCCCCCUAUUUUGUGUGGCCUCAACUUCUUUUACAAUUGAAAUAAGAAGAGAUUGAAAUGGAGGAGAAGUCUCUAUGCGAAAAGAUGUCAGAUGCAGAUUGGGCAGGUUUGGAUCGGAAAGCAAUGUCCAUGAUCCGACUCUCGUUGACCAAGAAUGUUACGUUCAACAUUCUGAAGGAGACGACAUCGAAAGGCAUCAUGGAAAUGCUGUCUAACAUGUACGAGAAGCCAUCUGCGGCAAACAAAGUGUUUCUGAUUAGAGAAUUGGUGAACACAAGGAUGAAAAAUGGCACUUCAGUUACCGAGCAUAUCAACAAGUUGAAUUCCAUCUUAGCCAGACUUUUGUCAGUGGGCAUUAAGUUCGAUGAUGAAGUUCAAGCUUUACUACUGUUAUCUUCAUUGCCUGACAGUUGGUCCGGAACUGUUACAGCAGGUACCAGUUCAGCGGGACCUGACGGAUUCACUUUUCAGAAGAUUCGUGACCUCGUUCCUGGCGAAGAUGUCAGAAGAAGGAGUUCUGGUGAGUCUUCGGAAGAAUCACUAAAUAUCGUCAGAGGUAGAAAAAAUAACAGAGGUGGUGGGAGCAGGAACAGACGAAGGAGUCAGUCGAAGACUCGGGAUAGCUCAGGCAUAACGUGCUGGAAGUGCAAGGAGGUGGGGCAUUUCAGGAAUCAGUGCUCGAAAGAGGAUAAAGAAGUGAACAUUGCUAGAGGCUCCGCAAGCGACGAGAGUUUAUUUAUCUACUGUGCGGAGAGCAAUGUGGAUUCCUGGGUCAUGGAUUUUGGUGCUUCAUUUCAUGCUACCCACAACGGUGAAGCAUUGCAGAAUCUGGUUGUUGGGGACUUUGGAAAGGUACGGCUAGCAGACAAUAGAGCUCUUGAUGUGACGGGAAUGGGUGACAUAGUGCUGAAGACCCCUGUCGGUUUCUGGACUUUGAAGGAUUGGAAGGUCUUGAAGGGAAAUCUCGUCAUGGCCCGCGGAAGGAAGAGUGGUUCGUUGUACAUGUUCGAGUUACCUUCUGAGGGAGUGACCGUCCCAGUUCAGAAGAGAAACAAAGUCCGGUUCAUAGAGUCUCGUGGGCAGAAGAAGGUUUUCUAUGCAAGAGAGAAACCCAGAGCCACAGGUCAGACUCAGGAUGAACGAGCGAAGAAAGGUUCAAGGAGGCCAAUCAGAGGUAUCUAUGGCAGUGGGAGCACAGGUGGUGCUUCAACCAAGUUUCUUAGAAGACAGUGGGUCCGAAGAACCAGUAUUCGAGCUGUUGAAAUGUCUCUAGAAGAUUUCUUGCUGACUAUGGAGAUUGUUUGUUCUCAGGAUGUUCCAGGAUCCGACAGUGCGUGUGUGCAGUGGGAGCCAGUAGGGACCGAGGAUGAGUCAGGCAGUUCAAGCCAUGACUGAUGGGUUGAAACGCAUGAAAGUUUCAACAGAGUCUUCUCGAUGAUCAAGAAGGCUGGUGACAACUAGAGGUGGUGGAAUUUUGAGUUCCGUUAUCAGAUUACAGAAGUACAUGUGCACAGUUGAAGCGCAGGUGAACAUUCUUCCGUGGAUUCAAGUGGGAGAUUGUUGAGUGUGAAGCCAGGAAGCUAGGUGGAAGCUAACAGGAAAUUGGCAGGAAGCUACCUAGAAGCUUAUAGCUUCACUACUACAAAAAAGACUUUUUAAAUCG